GUGGCCCCGCCCCUCGCAUCCAGUCGACUGCGUAAAAAGAUUGGGUCGUGAGAAAGAUUGGCGUUUAUUAUAAUUGUUUUAUUUGUUUAAUAUAACAUUUGUGUGCAACUAUAAAGGUUUUAUUUUUGAAAGUAGCACAAGCAGGGCGAGCGGUAAAACGAAAGAGCUCAUUAAAGAGCCCGAGCCCAACGAUGGCACUGGUGAGCGGCCAGUGGAUUGAGCAGGAAGUCAAAGGGUCACCACCGAGUGCCCGACACGGCCACGCCACCGCUGUCGUGGGUGACAUCGCCUUCACGUUUGGAGGUUGCAGCAUGGAGGAUGGGGAGGCGAUCCUCUACAACGACCUACACAUGCUCGUGGUGACCCCUACAGAACUGUCGUGGGAGGAGGUCCCUCACAGUGGACACCUGCCCUGUGCCCGAUUUGGUCACUCUCUUUGUGCGGUUCGGGGUGCUCUCUACCUCUUUGGAGGCCAGGCUUCGCUAGUUGCGAGUGAAGCGCUCAUCGGGGUUUUCCGCUUCCACUUGGAUUCCCUGAGUUGGGAGAAGGUGUGCGGGGGCGGCUUGGCCCCCCGUGCCCUCUGCCCGGCCGUGGCGGCGCUGGGAGACGACAUCUACGUUAUGGGAGGUGUGCGGGGAGGCCAGGCGUGCAACGACGUGUUCCAGUUCAACACGGUGUCUCUCACCUGGACACCCGUGCACACUUUCGGCGUCGCUCCAUCCCCAAGGUGUGACCAUGGCAUGACAGCUGUCGGCACGCUACUCUACGUAUUCGGAGGGAUCGGAGGAAGCGACAAAGUGUCCUACAGUGACGUGCACGUCCUCGACACAGCCACGCUCUCCUGGAGUGCGUGCGAGGUGCGAGGCGAGCCCCCCUGCGGUCGAGGCUGCCACUCGUUGACAUCGCACCACGACAAGGAUAUUUACGUGUUUGGAGGAACACGUGGCACAGAUGGCACAUCGCUGGGUGACCUCCACAAGCUCAGCCUCGCCAAGAUGAAGUGGAAGGUGCCGCUGUACAUGGGGCUGGCACCGGAACAGAGACACAGCCACACGGUGUUCAUUCUGCAUGGCCACCUGUACGUGUUUGGUGGGAUUAACGAGCAGCGGGAGUGCAACGACGUCAAGGCCAUGCGGCUCAUCAACCCCUCGGACCGGCAGCCACUGAUGAAGGAAAUCCUGUCGGAGAUGGGGCUUCAGGAAAUAAACACCAGUUUCCUACCGACACGAAUUCCGAGAGUAAAGUAUGAGUUGAGCGAGCCACCCAAGCAGGCCAGCACGGACUCCUCCCCCACUCCUCCCGGGUCGUGCCCUCCAGAGCCGCCCUUCCCAGAACUGCGGGCGGAGGCGGCACAGGGCAUCCGCAAGGCGCUGGACGCCCUGGACGUGAGGCACCGGCGACUCAAUGCGGAGCGUGCGGAGUUGACCCAGGCUCGGCUCGUCCUGCAGGAGGAGAAGGCGCUGUACGCUGUCACCUACAGGCGCCAGCAGGAGGAACUGCAGGAGAUGCUGGAGCGACACCGCAGUCAGAACGAGGCGUGGCUCAAAGCACGCGCGGCAGAGAACGACGCCGAGCGGCGGCAGCUGUGCAUCGUCAAGGAUGACCUGGUGGUGCAGCAAGCCCAGCUGCGGGAGCAGGAGGCGGCUCUGAACAAGCGAGCACUGCAGCUCUCGGCCAUAAUGCAGCAGUUCAAGGGCAUGUGACGCAACACUCCCUGCAUGUAGUUGGCCUGGAGGUCCUGCAGCGCAACAGGCAGCCGGAUCAUCACUCCCGCGAUGACGCCGGGCCCCCUACGGAAUUAUACAAUUGAUUAAAGAGCAAGCAGCGAGCGAAGCAACGAGGCGAGCGGCCUGCUCAUCAAUUUACUCACGCCAUUAACCAUCCUCGGGACCAAUUGCUCAAUUAACCCAUCCUUAAGACCGUUUACCAAAUUAAACCGUGAUCCUGUUACCCAAUCAUCAAUCAAACUGGUAACUGUUCAAGCAACCAGCAAUGAGCAGUUUAUAAAUUAACCAGCCUCAUAGAUGAUUGCUUAAUCAAGCAACGACCUUCAUAAGCAAUCAGAAUGACAGUAAGUUUGCUAAAGUGCUAAUCAACCACCCCGUGACUUUAUCUGCCUCCUAACUAGGCUUCCAAGUAACAAUCUACACAAGAAACUUUGCAACCAAUUAACUUACCCAAUUUCCAGUUACCCAGCCUGAAAACCCAUCGGUUAUCCAACUUGCAAUGACCUUAUGCAAUGUGUCAUUUUUUGCACCGUGACAAAUUCUGCAAACUGCACCAGUCUGUACCAUUUGCUGAGUGGACACUUUGUGGGCCAUGCCAUCUGUUAACUGGUAGGAGGUGGGUGGGGGGUGAAAUAAGUUGACAGAAGGCACAGAUUAUAUAACGCCUGGCAAUUUACCUGAUAACCAUGCACGGUGGUACUUAAAACACGUUAAUAUUAGUAAUUUUUUAUCUGUAUGAAUUCAAGGAAAAAUGAAUGUAUUUUAGGAAUGUCUAAAACACGUUGAGCGAUGACAUUAAAUGAUCCGAGUGUUCCUUUCCCAAAAAAAGACAAAUACCUGGUCUAAAAGUUUGUGUUGUGUGACAUAAAAUAAAUAACGUGUGUUGCUUUCA